AUGUCUGAACAUAGAGAUGAACAAGGGUCUAGAAAUAAUCAGAAUAACAGAAGGAGAGAGGAAGAUUCUUAUAGGACUCGAACUCCCUCUCAUAGUGUCAGGUCUCGGUCUAGUACAAGCGCGCGUCUAAAUACUGAGGAUAUCUACAAUAUAGCUGUGGAAGUGGCUAAGGUAAUGAAGAAUGCACAAACCGGUAAUGUUAACCAAUCUAGAGAACGACAUGAAGAAAGCUCAGCAGCCUCCACGCCAGUACAAAGGAAAGGAAUGGGCGAAAGGAAAAACACUAUUGCAACCAUGCCACUAGAAGGAAAAGGUGAAUAUUCCAAAUCAAAGGAAUGUACUUAUAAGCACUUCAUGUCUUGUAAACCUCAGUCCUUUGACGGAAGAAAGGGAGCACUAGAAGCUCAAGACUGGCUCAACAGAAUGGAGUCAGUAUUAGACAUAUGUGAGUGUGAUGACCGCAACAAAGUACGGUUCGCCGUACAUAUGUUUGAAACUGAAGCCCUUCACGGGUGGAACAUUGUGGUCCGAACAGAGGGAAAAGAAAAGGUUAAGGAGAUGAAGUGGGAGGAGUUUAUUCAUAAGUUUCUUGCUAAGUAUUGUCCUCCCAGUGAGACUGAGCAACUGGAAGUGGAAUUCUUUCAGUUAAAAAUGGGAAAUAAAACCUAUCGAGAGUAUGUUUCUCGUUUCAACGACAUAUCUCGACUGGUUUCUUAUUUAGCAUUGACCGAGGAACAACUGAUCAACAGGUUUAUUUGGGGGGAAUGUAGUUUUCCUUGUCCAAAUUGUAAAAAGACGGGUCAUGCUCUUCAAGAAUGCAAGGAAAAGAAGAAGUGUUUCAAAUGUGGAGACCCUAACCACAUGAGAUCUGAAUGUUCCGAACUUAAAAGAAAUGAUAGGACACAACCAAAUCAGCCAAAAGGGCGGGCAUUUGUACUCAUUACAGAAGAAGCCAAGACCAAUACAGACGUUAUCAUGGGUACGUAUCUCGUAAAUGAUGUAUAUGCGCGUGUGUUAUUUGAUACCGGUGCAAAUAGAAGUCUAGUGUCGACUACCUUUAGACCUUACUUGAACCAGGCGUCCCAAACCCUUGAUCAUGCCUUUACAGUAGAAAUGGCUGAUGGAAGUCAAAGAGAGAUAGUUGACAUAGUUAAGAAUUGUAAAAUAAGCUUAAACAACCAUGUUAUCCCUAUAGACCUAAUGCCUAUGGAACUUGGAGAAUUCGAAAUAGUCAUAGGAAUGGACUGGUUGACACCAUAUCAUGCGGAAGUUAUAUGUCACAAAAGGAUCGUCCGACUCCGAUUACCCAACGGCAAACAACUAACUGUAUCGGGAGACCGCACUGACAAGACUAAGAACCUCAUCACGAUAGCACAAGCACAUAAAUGCCUAAGGAAAGGGUAUGUUGCCUUUCUAGCAUAUGUCGUAAACACUACAGAAAAGCAGAAGGUCGAGAACGUGCCAGUAGUACGAGAAUACCCUGAAGUGUUUCCCGAUGAGCUCCCGGGACUACCAUCGGAUAGACAGGUUGAGUUUCGCAUUGACCUAGUUCUCGGUACAUCACCGAUUGCUAAGUUGCCGUACAGACUAGCCCCAACAGAAAUGCAAGAACUCUAG